UACUUUUAAAUGACCUCUAAAUAAUAUUUAACACAUUCUAAAAAAGUACCCUUCUGCUAGUAAUUGAUUCAAAAACCCGCAUAUAUACCGCGGAAAAAUGUUGCCCGCUUGUGUCCGCUCCGUUUAGGUUGAAGGGUUGGAUAAAUUUCGUCCGUUUUUCCACUUUAAAAAGACAUUUGCAGGGCUUCAGCAUGGCUAAAAGGGUAUCUCAGUACUUAAACAAAGCUCUAGGGCUCAUUAGCCGUAAUGCCACUGGACAUACUGUUGGGGAGAGCCAAUUUGAGACUCAACCCUAUAAACUUCACAAACUUGAGGAAGGACCUUCCCAACAUGUUACUCUUACAAGAGAUGAAGCCCUUUUAAUGUACACCCAAAUGCACACUAUUCGUCGUAUGGAGACAUCAGCGGGCAACCUAUACAAGGAAAAAAUCAUUAGAGGCUUUUGUCACUUAUAUUCUGGACAAGAAGCAGUGGCAGUAGGUUUUAAACAUGCUCUUCGUCCUCAUGAUGGUGUAAUUACUGCUUACAGGGCUCAUGGAUGGACAUACAUCAUGGGAGUGCCUCCAAUUGGUGUUUUAUCAGAGCUGACUGGAAGAAGAACAGGUUGUGCAAGGGGUAAGGGUGGCUCUAUGCACAUGUAUUGUGAGAACUUCUAUGGUGGAAAUGGUAUUGUUGGUGCUCAAGUUCCUCUAGGAGCAGGUAUUGCGCUUGCUGCCCAAUACAAAGGCACCGAUGGCGUUUGCGUCGCACUGUAUGGCGACGGUGCCGCCAACCAAGGACAAGAUUUUGAAGCUUAUAAUAUGGCUAAGCUGUGGAAUUUACCUUGCAUCUUUGUUUGCGAAAACAAUGGAUAUGGUAUGGGUACAAGUGCUGUGAGAUCUUCGGCCAGCACUGAUUAUUAUACAAGAGGCGACUACGUUCCUGGUAUCUGGGUCGAUGGAAUGGACGUUCUUGCCGUUAGACAAGCUGCAAGACUGGCUGUUAAUCAUUGUUCCUCAGGAAAGGGACCUAUCCUUAUUGAAGCUCAAACUUACAGAUAUUCCGGACAUUCCAUGUCUGACCCCGGCACAAGCUAUAGGACUCGUGAAGAAGUACAGGAAGUAAGACAAACCAGGGAUCCAAUAACUUCAUUUAAGGAAAAAAUUAUCUCCCACAAUUUGGUCACUGCUGAAGAGAUUAAGGAAAUCGACGCUAAAAUUAGGGCAGAAAUCGACGAUGCCACCAAGAAAGCUAAAGCUGAAAAAGAGAUCGAGUUGGAUGAACUUUCAGCCGAUGUUUACUGUAACAACUUGGAGGGUGACAUUAGGGGUAUUUCUAUUUUCCAUCCACUUAAACAUAAGAGGAUUGGACCAGCCGUUAACGCUUAAAGAAGAUUAAACCAAUAUUUUCAUUUUUUUGUUAAGUUUUUUCAAUGUCAAACGCAUUUUUUAUAGUAUCAAGUAAGUCUUAAAAUAAUUUCACUUUCCAUGCCAAUAUUAUUUUAUAUAAGUUGUCUUUUAUACAUAUAUUUUUCCAAUUUUUAUUUUCAUGUAUCAUUAAGAGGAAAUUAAAACACAUUUUAUUUGAAAAAGAAAAA